UGUUUCUUUGCCUAUAAGACGUUUUGACGAGAGCAAGCAUUGAAUAUCGUUUUAACUGAUUUCAAGCUCUGUGGAAGGUAGAUCAUUACGAUAGAGUAAGAUGGCUGUAAUAUUUCCUAAAGUGUUCACGAAAAUCCUCCUACUUGGCAUUCUUAGUAUACAGGCGUUUUUAUUGGCUCUCGCGAUAUGUUGUCCAGGGAUCUUGUGUCUCCGUGGACGUAUGACAGAAGACUUUGAUGUAAAAGUCGGCUCAUCGAUAAGAAUUUGGUGUUCUUUAUUUCACUCUCGAGUAAAGGUCCAGAACACCAUACUUAACGUUUCUUCUGAAAAUCUGCACAUAGAGUUUGAUGGAAGACUUCUCUACACCGUUGAUACCUUGGAUAAUCUCACUGUGGAAUAUUUUAAAUCUAAUGCUACUGUUAACGACACAGGAAUUUAUCAGUGCUAUGUAUUUAUUCCAGACACCAAAUCUAAACGAUUUCUAGAUUCUACGCAUGUCUCUGUUGGGUAUGAACCAUUGGCUAUAAAAACUUUUUCUUGCAUUAGCGAGGAAUUCAGCAAGCUAAUCUGCACCUGGGAAAUUCCUUUUAAUCCUGUAAAAACAUUCUAUACGCUUCACGACUUUACUGAUGAAGGACAGCUCGAUCUACGAGAAUGUCCAGGAAUUCUGAAUGCUACCAGUUGCCAAUGGACUCUACAUUCUUCCCCAUCUUAUACGAGAUUCAAGCCGACACUAUCAUUUCUAUUUACUGGCCAUAAUUCCUUGGGUAGACGUAUGGACAGAUUUUUUCUAAAUCAUUUCGAAAUAGUGAAACCAGGUGCUCCACUGAGUGCAGCUUUCAGCAAUAUAACUGAAUCCAGCUUAAUUCUCAAAUGGCGUUCUCCUGCAAAUAUGGAAAAUGGUAUAUUUCCACCUGGUUUAACAUAUUCCAUCCAAUAUCGUCAUUUGACUCCAGUUCCAGGAUCAUUUAAGGAAAUACGCCUGUACUUUCCAGCAGAGGGUUUUGUAGAAUUCACAGGUUUGAUGCCUUACACAAAAUACGAAUUUAAGAUUCGUUGCAGAUCAUACGAUUCAGAUAGUGAUAUGAUGUGGAGCCCGUAUUUGACCGUUUCUACAAGAACCCUUCCUGACGUUCCUUACUGGAGACCUGAAAUUGACAAGUCGUCAUUUAUUGUUGAAUCUAAUGAAGCUACCAAACUAACUCCUGAUAUUAGAACAAUAACUCUAUAUUGGAAGGGCAUACCUGCUGCGCAUGAAAAUGGACCAGACUUUCACUACGUGAUUGAUGCUUCAUGUGAAAACUGGAUACAAGUCCAAUCUUCUGGCAAUGAAACUACAUACAGUUUUCAGGACAUGAAACUUUAUUCCACUUAUAAAUUUGAACUGUUUGCCAGCAACACUGUUGGUCGUUCCACCAACAGUUCACAAAUAGUUAUUGAGCCACAUAGAUUGCUUAAUGGGCCAAAAGAUAUUAUUGUCGAAUUUGACGAAGACAGCUACCGGAUCCGCUGGACGCCUACUCAGAUCGGAGUGUAUUAUACUAUAUAUUGGUGUGAAAGUUUAAUGCCACGUCCUGUAAGAUGUCAAGGCCCUUUAGAAUGGUUAAAUGAGACAUACGGUGAAUACAAAGAUUUGUUGCUGUCCAAUAGCAAGAAUUAUCAGUUUGCGGUAUCUGCAAAUACCAAAGAUCAGUCAUCGGGAAUAUUUUGGGCUUCUUGCCAUCUUUCUAAUAACAGCAUUACUUCAUACUCGUAUGAUGUCUGUGGGCAUUUCAUACACGACAGGUCUCUAAAUCGAAGUCUUAACAUUUUGUAUCUGUGAACUAUGUUUUAUUCCAUGAAAAUUUGACGCUUGAAAAUAUCUUAAGAAUAAUUUAAAUAAUGGUGUGUUAAAUGACUAUCAAAAACCUGUUUGCUUUUAAAAGUAUAGUUAAGCACCUGGCAUAUUAAGUUUAUUUUUAAAUGUGAUUCAAGUGUUUUAUCUAUAAAAUCAUGUAUAAAUUUGUGGAAUAGUUUUUAAGUAACAUCUGUUUUUAAUAGCUGUUUCUCUAAUGUACUAAUGAAGGAAAAGCAGUUUCAAUUUUAAUUGUAAAUACAUUAAAAUAAAUUUUAGUAACAUGAAA